UGUAAGUGAGUCACUGUUUUCUGCAUUUAUGAUAGGCCAACGAAUGAAUCGGGAAACAGAUCGUGAGCUGAAAGCCUACUGCCUUGCAUUUGAUAAUGAACUUGGCCCUGCACCAGUUGCUGAUGUAAACUCAUUGACUCACUACGGUGAGCCUUAUGAUGGAAAUACCCGCUACUUCAGAAGUACACUGUUUGUUGCUGCUGUUAGAUCCUGCUAUGGUGAAUCUUGCUUGCUCCAUGGUGUGGAUUGGAUGCCACCAAAGGGAGGCAUCACUGAAGAACAAAUGCUGAUGUUUAUGGGAGCAAACACACACUUAACCCCCUCUCAAGCUAAAAAGCUUCUUGAGGAUGAUGAAGUUGGUUUUGCUUAUAUAAGUCAACGAGAAGCUCGCCCAUCUUUAUACUCAUUGAUAGGGUUAAGGGAACAUAUAAAGAAACGCCCACCACUGGCGACGGCUGAGAAAGUUCAACAAAUUGUGCGGGCUCGGGGGAAGGAAGCAAUUGUUGCUGGUUUCUAUCACGAAGGUUAUGAAGAACCAUUGUUAAUGCUUAUGAGGAGAAGGGGUGUGCAUGCUGGUUUGGUUGUAAAGGGUGAGGAAGGUGCACUUUCAAUGACGACGAGGUUGCGGACAGCAAAUGCAUCAAAAAGAUUUCCUGUGAAUUAUUGCUCAGGGUUUCGUUCAGUGAAUUUGGCACCUGCUUGUGCAGUUGAUGGUGUAUCACGUGAGAGUUUCAAUAUUGAGGUUAAUGCUAAGGAUUAUGGCUUUGCACCCACAGAUACUCCAAGAACAGAUAGAUCUGUUGCAAAGAAUAUAGAGUUGGGUUUAGCAGCUUUACGUGGAGAGAAGGGUCCAACAUAUGAUAGAAUUGUCUUAAAUGCUGGUAUGAUCGAUCAUUUGCUUGGGUCUGAUGGAGCGCAAGACAUAAGUGCAGCUUUUGAUAGAGCCAGAGAAGCCAUUGAUAGUGGCAAAGCCUUGACAAGAUUCCUGAAUUACAUCAAGACAUCUAACAAAGUGAUAUCAUAGUUGAGGCAUGUUGGAUUUUCUCCUUCCUCGUCCUAGGCCAGCCAUUAUUAUCCCAGCAAAGGUGUAAUGGGUUUAUGUCCAUAUGCAUGUGCAGAUGAUGGAAGUUGAAAUUCAGAAUUGUUUUCUGUAUCUUUUGUCUUUUAAAUCUGUUGUACAUGUCCGAAAGAUUUUCACAUGUUUCAAUUUUGCUUGGGCAAGCUUCUCUCAUCCUGUUCCCCCUUUUUCCCUACUUGACAAGGUCUCUUCCGUAGAGGACUUGAGAACUGAUCUAAAGAACUGUUCUGAUAUUUAGUUAUGAACUUAUUGUCAGUA